AUGCGCCUGGCAGAAAAUAUCACAAAUCACUCCCUGGCUGCCAAAUUUCAGACGGAGGAAAACGUCAGGAGUAUGCAUAUUGCCACUCGCCUCUCAAUCGUAGUUGGAGUAUUUGAUGUUCUUUUUCUUAUUGUCAUUAUUCUGGCAACAUGCCAAGUUCCUGGUGCCCAACUCUUUUUCCAGGUUACAGAAUUGGUUCUAUUUCUGAAUCCGAUAUUCUUGAUACCUGGUAUAAUGUCAAGUGUAGAAGAGUGGAGGAACAAAUUCAUGGAGUUUUGCCCAUUAAUGCGACUCCGAAUCGAUCCAAAUCAUAAUCCAUACGUUGUCCCUCAAAAUCCCAGAGAGACAGCAGAAAUUCAUUUCUCUCAAUUACAAAAUUAUUGGAUUUGA